AGAUUAAUUUUCAAUGAUUCCGCAACCAUUCUAUGCACUGUGUACAUUUUGAACAGCGUAAAAAUGUCUUGUUAUUUGACCAACAUUUCGCUAGCAAGCUGGCUAACUGAUUUAAUAUGUGCUUAUGGUGUGACGUCGUCCAUGUUUUAUCCUACUCGUAAUUACCACUGGGAAGUAGGAUGCACGUGACGGCAGCACCCUUGUCAUGCAUGCUAGAUACGACAGUACAAACUACCAUACUAAAUAGGGUCCCUACAUACAAUUUGACACACUAUUUAGUGCUCUUUUUGGACGUGGCUACAGUUCCUGAGGUCUUCUGAAGGUGUUUCUGUAAUAUAACAUUGCUAAGCUGCUCUAUUUUGCCACAUCUUUUACCCUUGCUGCAUUUUGUAGCCAGCCAGAUACAGACGAGAUGCAGUACUGCAGCACACGUGGAGGUGUUUAUGGCUGGAACUUCCACGAUGUUCUCUUCUCAGGCUACGCUCCAGACGGAGGCAUGUUCAUGCCCGAGACGAUUCCUUCAAUCUCCCCCGCCACGCUCCGAUCCUGGUGCUCUCUGUCCUACCGGCAAAUUGUGUGUGAAGUGUGUUCGCUCUUCAUCCCCGAGCAGCUCAUCCCGAAACGGGAUUUGGAAGACCUCGUAUCCAGUGCUCUGUCCAAGUUCUCUGUGCCAGAUGCGGUGAAGAUGGUGCGCUUGAAGAGCUCUCUGUCUAUCCUGGAACUGUUCCAUGGAAAGACGUUGGCUUUUAAAGAUCUGGCCAUGACAUGCACCACACAGUUUCUGGAGUACUUCCUGCGUAAGGACAACAGACGUGCCAUCAUCCUCGUUGGGACAUCUGGGGACACCGGAAGCUCAGCCAUCAGCAGUGUGUGUGAUCUUAGUGCCGUGGACAUCGUGGUGGUUUUCCCACGUGGACGAAUCACUCAGGUGCAAGAGAGACAGAUGACCACUCACAUAGAGGACAAUGUCCAUGUUUUUGCAGCGGACGGAAGUUCGGAUGAAAUCGACGUGCCUUUGAGGAAGCUGUUCGCCGAUCAAGAAUUGGUGAAUCGCUACGGUCUGAUGAGCCUGAACUCAGUGAACUGGUCACGCAUUCUGGUGCAGAUCGCUCAUUUUAUAUACGCCUACCUGCAGCUGAGCGGAGUUCAGGAUACAGACGGAGACGUACUACCCGCUGUGGAGGUAGUAGUGCCCACAGGAGGGGCAGGAAAUAUUACAGCUGGAUGCUUGGUAAAGCACAUGGGUGUUCCUCUGGACCUGGUGGCCAUGGUGAACUCUAACGACACCUUGCACCGCGCAGUUCAGAGCGGAGAUUUCUCCAUGACCGACAGCAUCAAGCAAACUCUCGCUCCAGCCAUCGAUAUUCAGGAUCCUUAUAACAUGGAGCGUGUCUUCUGGCUGUUAUCUGGGAAGGAUGGCGCUUUAGUAAAGAAUAUGAUGGAGCAGUUUCAGGACACUCACACACUCUCUCUACCUGAAACACUCCACAAAAAGCUGUGUUCAGUCAUGUGUUCAGGUUCUGUAUCUGAUGAGGGGAUAAUGGAGGCCAUAAAAAGAUGCUGGGAGGAAAAUCAGUAUUUGGUGUGUCCUCAUACAGCUGUGGGAGUCUGGCAUCACUACCACCAUCCCGUCCUACAUGGAGAGAAUAGAUGCUGCGUCGCGACAGCUUCUCCAGCCAAGUUUCUCGAAGUGGUACAGAAAGCAGGCCUGACCAUCGACCUCCCCGAUUCUGUGAAGCAGCUGGAAACAAAGGAGACUCGCUAUAAACAUCUGGAGCGAAGCGAGAACUGGGAAAAAGCGUUGAGAGAACGCAUUGAGGCUAUCGGGGUGGCACGACAACAAGGAGCGCUGUUUUAUAAGCUGUAGCCAGGUUUAGUGACUGGGAUCAAAUCCUUACAUUUGCACUCAAAUAUACCACAGUUGAGCCUUGAUUCACUAAAUAUUUGUGUGUACAAAAACAUGUGAACAUGAUUAGAAAAUUAGGCACUAAAUAAGUCGUUAUACACUAUAUUGCCAAAAGUAUUCGCUCACCCAUCCAAAUAAUCAGAAUCAGGUGUUCCAAUCACUUCCAUGGCCACAGGUGUAUAAAAUCAAGCACCUAGGCAUGCAGACUGUUUUUACAAACAUUUGUGAAAGAAUGGGUCGCUCUCAGGAGCUCAGUGAAUUCCAGCGUGGAACUGUGAUAGGAUGCCACCUGUGCAACAAAUCCAGUCGUGAAAUUUCCUCGCUCCUAAAUAUUCCACAGUCAACUGUCAGCUGUAUUAUAAGAACGUGGAAGUGUUUGGGAACGACAGCAACUCAGCCACGAAGUGGUAGGCCACGUAAACUGACGGAGCGGGGUCAGCGGAUGCUGAGGCACAUAGUGCGAAGAGGUCGCCAACUUUCUGCAGAGUCAAUCGCUACAGACCUCCAAACUUCAUGUGGCCUUCAGAUUAGCUCAAGAACAGUGUGCAGAGAGCUUCAUGGAAUGGGUUUCCAUGGCCGAGCAGCUGCAUCCAAGCCAUACAUCACCAAGUGCAAUGCAAAGCGUCGGAUGCAGUGGUGUAAAGCACGCCGCCACUGGACUCUAGAGCAGUGGAGACGCGUUCUCUGGAGUGACGAAUCGCGCUUCUCCAUCUGGCAAUCUGUUGGACGAGUCUGGGUUUAGCGGUUGCCAGGAGAACGGUACUUGUCUGACUGCAUUGUGCCAAGUGUAAAGUUUGGUGGAGGGGGGAUUAUGGUGUGGGGUUGUUUUUCAGGAGCUGGGCUUGGCCCCUUAGUUCCAGUGAAAGGAACUCUGAAUGCUUCCGCAUACCAAGACAUUUUGGACAAUUCCAUUCUCCCAACUUUGUGGGAACAGUUUGGAGCUGGCCCCUUCCUCUUCCAACAUGACUGUGCACCAGUGACCAAAGCAAGGUCCAUAAAGACAUGGAUGACAGAGUCUGGUGUGGAUGAACUUGACUGGCCUGCACAGAGUCCUGACCUCAACCCGAUAGAACACCUUUGGGAUGAAUUAGAGCGGAGACUGAGAGCCAGGCCUUCUCGUCCAACAUCAGUGUGUGACCUCACAAAUGCGCUUCUGGAAGAAUGGUCAAAAAUUCCCAUAAACACACUCCUAAACCUUGUGGACAGCCUUCCCAGAAGAGUUGAAGCUGUUAUAGCUGCAAAGGGUGGACCGACGUCAUAUUGAACCCUAUGGAUUAGGAAUGGGAUGUCACUUAAGUUCAUAUGCGAGUCAAGGCAGGUGAGCGAAUACUUUUGGCAAUAUAAUGUACAUUUCUAUUUCAGUUCACUUUAAUCUUAUACUAAUAGUUUUGCUUGUAUAACAAUCUUGAAAGUGUUUCACAUGAGCAGCCUUGAACAUUUUGCAUGUUUAGAGCAUCUAAUUCUAAUAAUGAACAAAAGACACGUAGUUUAAUUAAGCACAAACGGUGUGAUGUCACAUGUUCACGCCUCAUUCAUGUGAAGAUGGUUUCUAUCAUGUGACUGAACUCACAGCCAUUUCUGCAUGCUUUUAUUUUACAGUCAUAUCGUGUUUUACACCAUUGUACGAUUCUGUUUCCAGGAGCCUCUUAAAGAUGAAUGUGAUAUUUAUGCACUAGAUCAAAUAAUUGGACAUACGGUUCAGGGCCUUUAUUUUAAUUUUAGUUGAAAUCUGCCUCGUGUAUGUGAAUGUUUAAAAAGAAAAUGAAAAGCAUAUACCAGGUGAAAUGAAAUGGUAGUGAAAAGGGACUGUUUCAGAAACUUUUAUCUCAUUUUAUCUUAAUAAAUUGCGUGAUUUAUUUUGCUUUGCUUUCAGUUUUCUUCCUGAUUA